CCUCGAGCAUCCUAGACCGCGACAAGCCUUUCCAUUCCUUCCCUCUCCUUAUCCCUGCCCGUUCGCAUUUUCGCGCCGCUGCGACCAUUGGCCACUUGCGAUCCUUCCUACCUCACCAUCCACGAUUACAUCGUCAAGAAUAAUCCACUGCCAUGGCCGACUACGCCUCUCUCAAGGUUCCAGAGCUCAAGAAGCUUCUCCAGGAAAAGCAGCUUCCCGUGACUGGUAACAAGGCCGAUCUGAUCGCGCGCUUGCAGGAGCAUGACAAGGCCAAGGAGGAGCCAAAGUCCACCGCUGCACCGGUGUCUGCUGAAGAAGACCCCAUCGACUACUCGGACGACGAUGUCCUAGCAUCCAAGCCCGGGCCUACCAAGGAGUCUGCGCCUGCAGCAGAGAAGGUAGCCGAGUCAACAGCUCCCGUGACAGGAUCCUCAGCUGAAUCCUCAGCACCCAGCGGCGAGGACAAGCCUGCCGAGACAACCGCAGAUGAGACGAAGCCUGUCGAGACCGAGGCGGAGGCGGACUCAAAGGCGGCGCCCAAGGCAGACUUCUCAGCACAUCUACCCGCCAGCACUGCAGAUGACGAGGCUCGCAAGCGUGCAGAGCGCGCCAAGCGUUUUGGCAUCGUGGAAGACGCAGACGAAGAGGCCAAGAAAAAGGCCGAGCGCGCCAAACGGUUCGGCGUCGAUCAGAGCACUAUAGUCUCAGGCCUUGAUUCAGCUCUGCCCGAGAAGCGGGAGCGGGAGCGGAAGCGCGGCCGUGAGGGUGCCUCAAAUGCAAAUGCAGACGGCGAGCGCGGCGCCAAGCGACAACAGAACGCACCGGGUAGGCAUCGGGGUGGUAGAGAUAACCGGAACCGAGGCGGACGCCGGGGUGAUCGCGAUUCGUCACGGAAAGAUGGUGGUGGGAAGCCCAGGGGUGUUCUCAAUGAUCCCGCCGAGCGCGCAAAGGCGGAAGCAAGAGCCAAGCGCUUCGGCGGUCAAUGAAGCAGUGUCUAUCUUAGACUUAAUAGAAUGCGUCAAUGCGGACUCGCGACUGAUGGUUCAAGUUGCUGCUAAGGAUCUGCCAUAUACGG